GACAACGGCAGUUCAUAAGACAGACGGCCAUCUUUAUCAUCGCCUUCAUCUCUCACAUUUUUUAUACUUCUAUAAUGGGUAACGCAGUUAGCGCUGCUAAACGUUCCGUCAACUCGAAUAAGACUUUUUCUGUUCCGUGGCGAGGAAGAGGGGAUAAAACAGUAACAGCAACAUUCAACGGAAAGAAACUGAAGGCAGAUCAGAUUCCUGAGACUGAUUUACAACUAUCAUCGGACGACUCAGAUACAAAGAUGGAUAUUUCCGAUGAUUCGCCGACACAGAGAAGUGUAAACAUGGGUUCCAACGACAGUGGUUUGCAUUUAGCUUCUGAGUCAGUGAACCCGAGAGCCUCCCGAGAAUCCAACUUUAGUAAUGGAAUUAUAGGACAGCAAAUGGGAAUCAAAAAGACACCUGAUCAGGAUGUAUCUAAGAUUCAGUCGAUAGCACCGGCCCCACGAAAACCGGACGUACGUUUUGUGUUCCUUCAGCCUGGACAAAAACUCUCAGACAUUAACUUAGUUCCCAUACAUAGUGUCGAGCAGACUGCCACCAAAACAACUCAGCCUGGCCACGUGGUGUAUCUCAACAAGAUUCCAGUAAUUGCAGCUAACUCUCAGAGCAUCCCAUCGCAGGAUGACAACACACCAGUCAAAGGCAGUCCAACAUCCGGGAUGAAGGUCACAGGAAGUCAAAAGUCCCCGGAAGCGGUAUCCGUCUCAUCGGACCGGGCCAAGGAUUUGGUACCGGGCACAGGCGACCGCUAUCGGACACCCGGCUCCAGCUUCAGGAACAAAAGCGGCAACGUCAAGCGUCCAAUGAACGCAUUCAUGGUGUGGGCCCGCAUCUAUCGGGCCAAGCUCGCGUCGCAGUUCAAUUCCGACACCAACUCCCAGAUCAGCGUUAAACUGGGCGAAGUGUGGAACAGUCUCAGUCAGGAAGAAAAACAGCCGUACUACGACGAGGCCGACAUGAUAAAGAACCAGCACAAAAAGGAGUUCCCUGGUUGGGUAUAUCGCCCGUCCCCUUCCAAGAAGCGCCAGGAAGAAUGCGCCACCCACAGCGUUCUGUGGGCUAGAUUUGGGGGAGGGUCAUCAGCAGCAACUCUGGCGCGCAUUGCAACCGCCGCCGCCAACCACGCCCCUCUAGAAUGUGUGAAGAAGCCGGAUGUGCCUAUUGGCCAGCCACGUGUAGUUGGCAAACACAUUAGAGCAGAUACACAGCCGAUGCUGGGGAUGAUGGAGGAGAAACAGCAGCAGGGACUGCACGAUCAUGUCGACCCACACGACGCCGCCAAGUCACUGGACAGUGCCCCAACACCGGACAUCAGCACCCGGGAGGUCCUCAAGGCCAAGCUGUCUGGUCUCACAAAGAAGAACCAAAGCCAUAAAUCCCCAGAGAGACCGUCGCCACGAGUUGCCUCCGGAACAUCGGUGUCUCCCAAGAGAAACGCGACAAACCUUCCGCGGCACAAGUCCCCAGUGAAGAAGACGUCGCGGGCCACUGGGAAGAAGAAGAAGACAAGUCGCAUCAGCCUACAUCGAGAAGAAGAUCGUCGACCAAUUUCGCCAGAAGCACCACCCACUACCCCUCGGAGUACAGUAAGUUUGGACUCGCCCAAGAAGGCGGGCGAGAACAAGACGUCUGUUACGGACCAGAAGCGAGUCCAUUCACCAGCAAAGGAGACUGGAGGAGAAACAUACAGGCUCCAAAAGGAAGGUUCCGAUUGUGUCAACACCCGCAGCCUGGAAGAUGACUCGUGGCCGUUUCCCUUCCCACCAUACCAUCACGGACCAUUUGACUCCCUCUCCCCGAAAGACAUGCCUUCGGAUGAGAUACUUGGAAUGAAGGGUCGGGGAAGUGUGUCGGAUGAAGAUUUGACUCGUCCUGAGAGAGUUACGUCAGACCUGUUCCUGGAUAUUGACCGGUGGAGGUCCUUUCUGGCAUCAUCUGGGUCCAACUCAAAACUGACAGACGAGGAAAUCUGUGAUGUCUUUAAUCCUUCCCAUUGUGAACAUGGACCCGAUUGCCACGUGUGCAACAGUGACCUUGACCUUGCCCCUAGGUCGCUUCGUGACACUCUACGAGUUGGUAAAGGUGCGGUCUUUGGUAAUCCCAGCGUUUGUCUCGAGGUGAAGUUCAAUGUCGGACCCAAUGACCAUAAUCCAGAAGAUAUGUGUCCCUUGGACCAGAUAUCGGGCGCAGUGUGCGAAGAACUAAAAAACCUAAAUGAGCCUCAUCGUGUACAAAAUGAAGCGCCUGGUUGUGGACAGGAAACGUCCACUGUAAUGACGUCAGUCACCAACAGCUCUGCGAGCAUGAUUGCCCGGCCAACGCCAUCAGAUUCCAUGAUGGCGUCAGACUCGGAAACCUCUGACGUCACAGAAACUGGACACAAUGGCAUCAGCUUUGUAGACAUCAAUCUUUCGACGGAUCUUACCACGCACGUGAUGUUCAAGCCAACAUCAGAAUCCUCGAGGGAGGACGAAGAGACUACGGAUCACAUGGCCAAGCGUCACAACAGGAGUGCGUGCAUUGCUUGCUGCCUUGUGGAUAAUGCAGAGAGUCAGUUGAAAGGUAGUGGACGGAUGACUGACGCUUCUCACAUGGACGGUCCCGAGCCUGGACUAGACAGGCUUCGCAGUGGCAGGUGCUUGAGGAGUGCCCCCGGCUCCCGGCAUUGUCAUAUGUACAAGAUGGACGAUGGUAAGGAUACAGAGAUGGGUAGGUUAGCCCCUGAUAUCACUCCCCUCAUUCCUCUCCGGUCCAGCGAUAGUGAGAGUCAAAUACGAAACGACCUCUACCACAGGAAGAUACAGAGUCAUGACAUCUCAAAGUAUAAAAUAUUUGACACCAACAAGAAUGCGAGUGAACAGGUCGGCUCGAGGAGGUUAAAGUCAGCUCAACUAACACGUGGAGGACAGACACUUACACUCCGGGCAUUUGAUGGCGAGGGGGCCAGGGGAAAGGGGAGCGUGAGUCUGGGGAAUAUGAGUGCAGACUGCAGCCAGGAUGGAGAACUGGACAGCGUGGAAGGAACUGUCAUUCGGCUGGGGGAACGUGAGGGUGGCAAGAAAUUUGGACGCAAUCGGAGGGUCGCUUUUCCAUCUGAUGAUGACAGAAAGCCGCGUGGGAAGAAGACAAGCAAAUCCCAUCGCCUCGCCUCUGGGGAAGCCGUGGGUGAGGCUGACAUGUGUCGUGGGGACUCGAUCGCAGGGGGCAAGCAGCCAAUAUCUCCGACAAAGCCGCACAUGGAGAUCCUGCAGACCUUGCUUGAUACUGAGAAAGACACUCCAGGGUGUGCUGCGACAGAGAAAGACAAAGACAAGUCUGAAUGCACAGCCGCAGACACUGAGAGGCUGAGAUGUGCCCCCACUGAUGCUUCUCCCGAGCUGAACGAAAGGACCAAGUGGAACAGACGACAGUCUUUUCGGAACCGGAGUCAGAUCACUUCGAGGAUCUACGCAUCACGUCAGACGCUGCCACUACUGCAACGAGGCAGGAUGAUCAACAACCUUGUCAGGCCCAGCAGGAACAAGCCCAGGUGAACCUGGUGCCCCGUUACAUGGACACCUUGUCACGUUACUGAUAAUAAAAGUAACAUUUCAAAUAUC